AUCAGUAUUUUCAGUACACCCCCUAAACUCGAAGACGUCUGAGCAUUAUAAAUAAGCCAUGCUAAUCAACAGGGCAUAGUAAUUAAUCUUCCUGCUAACUCUACGAAAGAUGGAAGCAAUUUUGUAUUUAUCAUUAGUAAUAGUUAUUUCAUAUAAUAUUAUUGCUGCGGAAAAUUAUAAUAAUACUGAUAAUGAGUUCUCAAACGAGACAGUCUACAGAGCUUACCAAACGGGUGUCGACUUCGGAAUAAUAAACACGGAAAAAUAUCCCUUCCUUACAUUCCAAAGCGACGAGAGAAAUAUCUUCAGAAGUCUGUUCAGGGAAUAUACUUCAUUAAAUGCCAGUGAGUCUAUUAAUUACGAGGAGUGGCUCAUUAUGAACAACUUUGGCAUCCUACCCGAUACACAGGAGUCUUUGUUUGAAAGGAAAAUAGCAAAGCGAAGCACCGCUGAUAACAAACGCCGCUUUGUCAAUACUGUCAGAAAAGGGGACAUACUAAUAACUGGAAGAGGUGUCGGUGGGUUGAUAGGUCACGCGGCUAUAAUGACUACAGACUAUUGGGUACUCGAAAUGCCUGGUGGUAGAGGUUGGCAGAAUGGUAUAAAGAAUAAUAAUAGGCAGUUAAGUAAGCAUGCGUGGUUCGAUGUACACAGGUCGGAUUGGACCACCGUAUAUCGCAACAGAGAUGCUAGUGUCGCCCACGCCGCUGCACUUUGGGCGGAUCACAACUAUUAUAAUCCCAUAGGCGGUGCCAAGAAAACUAUACAUGUAACAUAUAAAAUAACCACAGAUAUAAAAUCAAAGAACCCGAGUUACUGUUCCAAACUAGUUAUUCAGGCGUAUUAUUUUGGAACCGGGAAUAAAAAAGUUAUUUCAAAUUUGUCAGUCAGCGGUAGAGUUAUCGUCCCAACAAAUAUUCCUAUAUAUUUUAUGCAUCCAUAUACAUUAGUAAAUAAGGGAAAAUAUUAGUAAUUUAAAAGUGAGAAUAAAAUAUAUUCUGUAGUGUUAAUGCUACCAAUCGUUUUUAUGAUGAUUGAUUGAUGAUGAUGUUGAAUAGCUAGCUGGCUUUAAUAAUAUAAUGAAAUAAAUUUGCGAUUAUAUCUGUUAA